AUGGAGCAGCCGACGCUUUCUCCGAAACCACCAGAGCUCCAGCAGGUUGCUCAAAGAGACCGCUACUCUCGCCUCAAUGUUAAGCAAGUUCUGCGCCCUUCAUUCUUGCGGUAUUGUCUGCUUGUGCUAGUGCUGUGCGGCGUCGGGAUGUUCGCAAUGACGGCCAAUGUAAAUACCGAUCAGACUACAAAUCGUAGCACGAGCGAGCAUAAAUGGGAGGGAGAGGUCCAAGAUAGUAGCUACAGACCGCCACCUCCUGACAAUAGGGACAGCUCGUUCUUGGCUGACGACGUGAAGUGCAUGGAGGAGCAGCUCGUCUACACAAUCUACGAGAUGGCGCAGCGGACUAUUGAACCGCGUGGUAUUGUGUUGCCAUUGUUUGACAACAUUACAACGCUGGGCGUGUCUUUGAUCUUGGAGCUACGAGCGAUGGAUGUGCAUUUGCCAAUCGAAAUACCGCAUUGUGAAGAUCUGAAAGACUCGACGAUCCGCACAACCGUCAGUUUGCGGGAUGCGUCAGUGAAGGUCUUUUGUGAGAGUCUGGGCAACUGCUAUGAGUUAUUUCGAAGCUUUGACGUGAAGCUACUGGCUGUGAUUUUAUCGCGGUUUGAAGAGGUUAUGCUGCUGGAUGCCGACACAUUGUUUUUCAAGAGCCCCAUGUCGCUCUGGGAUACGGACAAGUUCCAGAGUACAGGCACGCUAUCCUUUUACGAUCGUUUUGCUUGCGGAAAAAUGUUGAUGGGUAAACCCCUCCAUCGUCACAAUGACGGUGUGAGACAAAUACAUGACUUCAUGUCACGUUUCGAUGUGUCGCCGUUUGAGCUGUUGGGUCGCAUUGAACGACCGAACGCAACAAGCAAGAACAAGGUGCCUGUUACACUACAUUUCUCACCGAGCGAGCACCUGUUGACGAGUCAUUCGUGGAACUACCGCUCAGGCUACGAGAUGGACUCGUCGUUAGUACUAUGGAACAAGAAGCGGCAGCCACGAGCAACGGCAAUCCUGGGAGCGUUCGUAGCGCGCAAUCGCAUCGACCGGCCUCCUUCUUACGGAGAUAAGGAGCUGUUUUUUGUGGCCACCGAGCUGGCUGAGACGCAGUACGCGUUUUCUGAUUUUGGAACCGGAGGUGCGGGUUGGGACUUUCGCGACGCUGGUCCCGGCAAGUCGGUGCUCUGCGGCACCGCUACGCAUUACUACCCCGUAAAAGCGGAGGAUGAAAGGCUCGUUGCUAAUGCUAGCGUGCUGUACCUCAACAGCGAUGACAUUCUGGUGUAUGACCCAAAAACGAAGCCCCUGUACUACACUCAGCCACGGCCGUACCGGGCAUAUCCAGCCAAAGUGACAAAGCGUGGUCAUUUGGUAGAGUGUUCAUACGAAGAGACGGCUCUACGCUUUUCUCCUGAGCAGGAAGAUCACAUUCUGCUGCGUUAG